AUGUUUAUUCCAGUAUUUACUACUAUUAUUUCAAAUGGUACAAAUACUACUACGAUAUAUCCUAUUAUUAAUAAUACUAUCACCUUGAAAUAUUCGAUCAUUACUACAACUAUUACUGACCUUCCUACAACUAUUGAUCCAGCUGAGUUGCUUGUUGAAAGAUCUCCUUCGGUUUCACGUCUUAAUAUUAAAGAUAGAAACAGUAGUUUAGUUGUUUUUCUUUUUCAAACAAAACAUCAUAUUCUUGCCAAUCUUCAAUUAUAUCUCAUUCAAAAACUUGCUAUUGAUUUAAUUACUAUUAAUUUAUUUAUUGAUGGACAAGCAUCAAAUGAAAUGCGUGAAGUUGCUGAUAAACAUAAUGUUGAACUUUUUAGUUUUCCAUUUGAAAAACAUCAACCUAAUGCAGGACCAUCUGAGAGAAAUACAAAUAUUGUCAAUUGGGCUAUAUCUACCAGAGCUAAACGUUAUCUUAGUAAUGGUACUGCUAUACUUUUACUUGAUGGUGAUGUUUUUCCUUUAAGUCCAUUUGAUUCAACAACAUUAUUAAAUUCACAUGAUAUAAUUUGUCGAAAACAUCCAGCUAUAUUUGCACGAUUUUGUUGGGUUGGAUUUAUAUGUUUAAGUCCACAUAUAUUUAAUACAAUUGAUGAUUUUAGUGUAUCACCAAUUACACGUCAAGGUCGAGCUUAUGAUUCUGGUGGUAAAACAAUUGAAUAUUUCUUAAAAUAUGAAAAUAUAACAUUUUCAUGGAUGAAAGAAACAAUUUUACUUAAUAUUGAUAAAGAUUUAUUUUGGGGUGCAAUUAAUCAAGAUAUUCAAUGGAUUAAACAAAAUUUUGGUCGAUGUGAUAAAUGUGGACCUGAAAUAUUUUUUUCACCAUUUAAUAAUAGUAAUGCUAUUUUCUAUCAUAUGAUUAGUGGAACUUCAGAAUGGAGAUUUGGACAUCAAAGUUCACGACGACAAUCAAUAUAUGAUACUAUUAUGCGAUCACCUUACGGAUCUAAUCAAACAUAUGUAAUAUCGGAUAUGAUUGUUUCUAUUAAAAAAAUUCAAAACAUGGAAUUAAUACCUUUUCAUGGAAAUUUAACAUGUGAAAAAAUAUGUAAAGGUUAA